CCUAAAUAUAGUCAUGUGUGAUCUUGUUUGAUUUGUCUUAACAUAUAGAUUAUUAAUAUAUAAUUUCUAUAAUUUUUUAAUAUACAAAUUACAAGAUAAAAUGGAUUAAAGAAAUGUAUUGGAUGUGGAAUAGGUUCAGAGAUAAUGGGAGUCCAUUACUCGAGUAAUGGGCGCCCGGGUGAGAAGAAGAAGAAGAAGAAUUCGGCCCGGUUUAGGGGGUUCGAGCCCGCGAAACUAAUGCUUCUCGAGAGGACGGCGACGAUGACCCUUUCUUCGCUUGUUCAGGGGGGAUCCCAUGAAGAAAGAGAGCAUGGGGAUGGCGGUGAGGUUGGUGCCGCCGCCGCCGCCGCGGUGAAAGUUCAGAAAGUGUACCGGAGUUAUCGGACUCGCCGAGCCCUCGCGGAUUGCGCCAUCGUCGCCGAGGAGCUAUGGUGGAAGGCAUUAGACCUAGCAGCAUUGAACCAGAGUUCGGUGUCCUUCUUCAGCGAAGAGAAACCAGAGAGCGCCGUUUCUCGAUGGGCCAGAGCGCGUACGCGAGCUGCCAAGGUCGGGAAGGGCCUCUCCAAGGACGACAAGGCUCAGAAACUGGCCCUUCGCCAUUGGUUGGAAGCUAUUGAUGCGCGCCAUCGGUACGGACACAAUUUGCACCUCUACUAUAAUGUCUGGUUUCAAAGUGAAAGCCCUCAGCCUUUCUUCUACUGGUUGGAUGUGGGAGAUGGGAAAGAAGUCAAUCUCGAAAAGUGUUCAAGGGCAAAGUUGCAAGGCCAAUGCAUUCAAUAUCUUGGGCCCAAAGAGCGCGAACGUUAUGAAGUCAUGAUUAAAAAUGGGAAGCUUGUAUACAAGCGGAAUAACGUCUUUGUGGAGACAAUAGAAGGUUCAAAGUGGAUCUUUGUCCUUAGUACCUCACGGACAUUGUACGUGGGGAGGAAGGAGAAAGGCACAUUUCAACAUUCGAGCUUUUUAGCAGGUGCAGCUAUCACUGCUGCCGGAAGGCUGGUUGCCCGCGGCGGCGUUUUGGAGGCAAUUUGGCCUUAUAGCGGUCACUAUCUUCCAACCGAAGAGAACUUUGAAGAAUUUAUUAGCUUCUUAGAGGAGCACCGUGUAGAUCUCUCGAAUGUUAAGAGAUGUGCAGUUGAUGAUGACCGGGUUUCUUUCAAGGUAGUUCACGACGAGGGGAAACGCGCACCUACACAUCUUUCUGCUGCUAAACCCGACGAUGAUCACAAACCCAACGAUCAUUUGCCAAGCAAGUGGUCAACUGGAACGGGGCCACGCAUUGGGUGCGUAAGGGACUACCCUACAGAGCUACAAUUCAGGGCACUUGAACAGGUCAACCUGUCCCCUAGGGUGGCCAAUGGCGGCGCUGGGUUCUUGGACUAUGGUCCUGUCCCAUCGCCGUGGCCUAGCCCUAGAGUCAGACUGUCUCCUAAGAUUGCACACAUGGGGUUGCCUAGUCCUAGGCCUCUCACUCUCAUCCCAGCUUCAUCUAGUUGAAGACUAGCUACAACCUUUGUCACAUACGUAUUUUUUUAGUCAAACUAAAUAAACUUUGAUUAUUAAGAGAAAAGUUUUAGUUUGAGAUAAGGGGUUUUAAGAGAAAUGUUAGAGAGUUAAAGAUGUACGAUUGGAAUUUGUUUUGUUGAUAGAGAAAUUUUGCAUGUUACCUGUUUAUUUCUUUACAUAGAAUGAUUGCUUUUGAGAUUGACCUCGUUGCUUUCACGCAAUUGAUGAUUUAGAAACAAUGACCAUAGUAAUGCAUCUAAGGGGCUGUUUGUUUCAGUCUCUUAAUGGUUCAGAUGUCUGAAUGGUUCAGCACUUAAUGGUUCAGACUGUUUGUUUCAGCCUCUUAAUGGUUCAGAUGUCUGAAUGGUUAAGAGAUUUGCCUCUGAAUGAUUAAGUAUUAUACAGAGUCUGAAUGGUUAAGACCUCUUAUCUGAAUUGAUCAGACAUUUGCCUCUGAAUAGUUAAGUAAUAUACUAGCUCUUAAUGG